AUGAGCACAAACCCAAACAGCGCCAGACACAACAGCACCAGCAACCAAGGGUCGGUGUCCGGCCCAGGCUCACGCUCAACAAACUCUUCCCCAGACCCCUAUCACCCGCAGAGCCGCGAACGCUACGACAGCGUCUCAAGCAGCUCCAGCGCAAACGCAGAUCGUCGCCGGCCGCCGCGCCCCAAGUAUGAGGAGGAGGAGAUGUACUUUAUCUGGUACCAUCGCGUUGAUCUGUGCCAGGAGUGGAAGGAGGUGCGCGAGGCGUUCAAUCGGCAGUUUCCAGAUCGCCAGAGACGUGGCUUUCAGGGUAUUCAGUGCAAGUUCUAUCGCUUUAUUAAAGAGAAGAAGUGUCCUACUUUGCGGGAGCAGCGGCGGAUGCGUGAUGGCGAGUUUUUGAGGGAGGGGACUAGUGUUCAGGGUGGGACUGAGUCUGGGGCGCCCCGGUUUGGUGUUAUUGAAUGGGGGAAGGUUUGGUAUCCUUGGAUGAGGGAAAGUAGGGCGGAGGUUUUGAGGUUGUGA